UUCGGGUUAUUUGUCGUGACCGGUGUCUCGGGCAAAGUCCCUUCGAACAGUGUACAGUGAAUUUGCAUUUAAUAAACUUUACGAUAAGAUUCAACAUGUUUGCUCUUCGUUCGGCUAUCCGCAUGGGACAUCGUCUUCGAUAUUCCAAUGCACCUCGUACGAUUGCGAGUUUAGCCGCACUUCCAGAGACUCAUCAAAUGCUGCAGAGAACCUGCCGCGAUUUCGCAGAUAACGAGCUUGUUCCGAAUGCGGCCAGGUUCGAUCGGGAGCAUCUCUACCCGGCGGAACAGAUCCGUAAAAUGGGUGAACUGGGCCUGAUGGCGGUGUCGGUGAAGGAGGACUACGGUGGCACCGGAUUGGAUUACCUCGCCUACGCCAUCGCGAUGGAGGAGAUUUCGCGCGGAUGUGCCUCGGCUGGGGUUAUAAUGUCGGUAAACAACUCCCUCUACCUUGGACCACUGACGCACUUUGGCAAUGAGGAGCAACUGCAAAAGUUCGUAGUGGGUUACACGGAUGGAUCGAAGGUGGGAUGUUUUGCCCUGUCUGAACCGGGCAAUGGAUCCGACGCCGGUGCGGCAUCAACAACAGCAACACUAAAGGGCGACCGAUGGGUCCUGAACGGUACGAAAUGCUGGAUUACGAACGGAUACGAGGCUGGUGCGGCGGUUGUAUUUGCCACCACCGAUAAGUCGCUCAAACACAAGGGCAUUUCCGCAUUCAUUGUGGCGAAGGAAACGGCCGGCUUUUCACUCGGAAAGAAGGAGGACAAACUGGGCAUUCGCGGCUCAUCCACUUGCUCCCUGAUUUUCGAAGAUUGCUCGAUUCCGAAAGAAAACCUGCUUGGCGAACCGGGCUUUGGCUUCAAGAUUGCGAUGCAAACGCUCGAUGCGGGUAGAAUCGGAAUUGCCAGUCAGGCGCUGGGGAUUGCUCAGGCCUCAUUGGAAUGUGCGGUGGAUUACGCCAACAAGCGAAUUGCUUUCGGCAAACCCAUCGCAAAGCUGCAAGCAAUUCAGACGAAAAUUGCCGACAUGGCUACGCGCGUCGAGUCGGCCCGCCUACUUACCUGGCGGGCAGCCUGGCUUAAGGAUAACAAGAAGCCGUUCACCAAGGAAGCUGCGCAGGCUAAGCUGGCCGCAUCAGAAGCGGCGACCUACUGUGCCCAUCAAUCGAUUCAAGUGCUCGGUGGCAUGGGGUAUGUGUCUGAUAUGCCGGCGGAGCGGCACUAUCGGGAUGCAAGGAUAACGGAAAUCUACGAGGGAACGUCUGAGAUUCAACGGCUCGUCAUUGCCGGGGCAGUCCUUAAGGAACUGUCGGCAUAAUACGGUAGAAGGGUUGGUUUAUGUUUGGAAAUUCAUCUUAGUUCAAUUUUCUGUUAUAUGGUACAUU